UCAGCGAUCAACUCCACCCCUCUCUGCUGUGCAUCCCUUUCACUCGUCCACUCAAGUAAACUACACACACAUAUAUUCAUACCGUGAACCAUGUCUGCCUCUGCUGUCGUCAAUCCCGUCAGAAACGUUGCCCGCUGGUCAGCAUUGGCCUUUGGUCUCGUUUACGGAUAUGUCCACCAUAACUCCUUGGUUGCCUUGGAGCACAACCGCGCCGACCAGAUCAAGGCCGAGAACCGCGAGCGUUUGAUUGACCAGGCCAAGGCAGAGUGGACAAAGAAGAACACCCCCGCUGGCGGUGUCGUCACCGACCCCGAGAACCCCAACUUUGAUCUGGAAAAGCUGUUGAUCCACCUCUCAGAAACCGCAUAAGAUUUUUGACUGAAGCACAUGGGCAUAGAACACUCUCCUCUCCUUAUUAUGAUUGCACUCCAAUAAAAAUCCGGAACCUCAUGCUGACAAUCUCAAAGGUGCAUGCCCUAUGGACAGUCUAUCUGUAUGUCUGAACGAAUGCUUUUGAACGAGAGCGAAAGUAGGCC